UUGUGACAUGCGUAACAUCUCAAACAGCACAGACAUGUCAUGGACCCAUGAAUAUGGCGACUUUGGUGAUUAUUUCAACUACUCUUUUUUUAACACAAGUAACAUCUCAGACUUUGAUGAUUUGGACUCUGACGACUUUUGUGAAGCUGGAGAUCAGGAGUUCACCAUCAAAACCUUCCAGACGUGUGUGUUCUGCCUGAUCUUCCUGUUGGGCGUGAUGGGAAACUGCUUGGUGAUUGCCACCUUUGCUCUCUACCGCCGCGUCCGUCUUCGCUCCAUGACUGACGUCUUCCUGUUCCACCUGGCACUGGCUGACCUUCUUCUACUCCUCACGCUCCCAUUUCAGGCCGUCGACACUCAGCUGGGUUGGAUCUUCUCUGUCACCCUCUGCAGAGCCACACGUGCGUGCUACGCCAUCAACACCUACAGUGGACUCCUGCUGCUGGCCUGCAUCAGCGUUGACCGCUACAUGGUAGUGGCACGAGCCCAGGAGAUGCUCAGGCUGCGCAGUCAGAUACUAACAGCCGGCAAAGUCGCUGCUGUGGGUGUGUGGCUUGUUGCGGGGCUCCUCAGCCUGCCUGAAAUCCUCUACGCUGGGGUGUCAGGGUCUGGCAGUGAUGCAUACUGCGGCAUGCUGACAAGUGGAAGAGUCAAAAUGGCGACCAAUGGUUGCAUCAUUGCUGUCUUCUGCCUGUCCUUCUUUGUAAUGGUCACAUGCUACUCUUCGAUCGCUCAAGUGCUGUGGGAAGGGAACACACAGCGUCGGGGGAAGCAGUGGCACCGGCAGCGCACCUUGAAGCUAAUGGUGGCUCUGGUCCUGGUUUUCCUGGUUUUCCAGCUGCCGUACACGGUGGUGCUGUCACUUAAAAUGGCAGGGCAGUUCUGCGGUCUCCUGCUGGAGUACAUCACCUGCACUUUGGCAUUCACCCGCUGCUGCCUCAACCCCAUCCUGUACGCCCUGGUGGGUGUGCGCUUCCGUAACGACGUCUUGAGGCUCAUCCAUGAUUCAGGCUGCCAGUGUUGCCUCUGGGCGAUGCCACGGAGUGUGAGCUCCUCCUCCAUCUCCCCCUCCUCACCUGCUUCCAAAGUGCUCUCAGUUUGCUCUCCAACAUCCCCCGAACCCAGUUACUCCAGCAACGAGACUGUGCCCAUGAAGUUUCAGUUUCCACCAAUCAAAUAAAACUUCAUGGGCUGGACUAUGAACUUGCUUUCCACUUUGAAUUGUUUAUAUACAUAUUUCCCAACAGUAUACAUAAUGUA